AUGGCCGACGUAGGCCCUGUCCACGGCUACAGCAAUGCCAACCGAGCGUUCCUACAAGCAUUCCUCGCCCAAAGCGUGCUUACUCUUGAGACUGCGAGACCGAUCCUCGCUGCCAUCCUAACAUACCGCGACGGACGUGACGUAGAACCACAAGAUGUCACCGCCGACGACUUCAACGUGUACAUUGCGGAAGCAAAUCGGAGACUCUCUCCUCUCGACCUCGAAAUCCGCAGCACAUUCCACCAGCAGACUAGAGAACGUGUCUAUGCUCUGGUCAACACAACAAGCGAUUCUCUCACACAACUCGCUACCACGUACUCAGCCGAUGAGAUUGUCUACCUCAAAAAACUCUUGGACGCAAUGUUUGACGGACAAAACAACAAGGGCAAGCGAGAAGCUAUGUGCCUGAGCGGCAUCGAGGCCAUUCAAGUCGGACGAUCGCAGAGCAGGCGAGAGACACAAAAUGGAAAUGCAACACAAUCCACCGCAGGCAUGCUGGCUGCUAGAGACGCCGAGGCUAUGCUCACUAAGCUGCUCGAAGAAGGCUGGCUUGAGAAAAGCAGACAAGGCUUCUACAGCUUGAGUCCACGGGCAUUGAUGGAGCUGAAAGGGUGGCUGAUCGACACCUACAAUGACGAGGACGAGGACGGCGAGAAACGAGAAAAGAUCAAGUUCUGUCACGCUUGCAAAGAGAUCGUCACCGUGGGCCAAAGAUGUCCACGCCGCGAAUGCCCGUGCCGAUUACAUGACAUCUGUACACAGAAUUUCUUCCGCGUGCAGAGGUCGCAGACCUGUCCUAUUUGCAAGACAGAAUGGGAUGGUCAACAUUAUGUCGGAGAGAAGGCUAUUACGACCUCGGAUAGCUACCAGAAUGGCCGACGUAAGAGCGGCCACAGGCAUCGAACCGAUGCAGCGACGGAAGCCAAUGCCGAGGAGGGCACUUGAAACACCCUUUCGAGUAUCUUGAGGACAUUGCACUCAAAACGACCACAAGGUCAAAGCGCUGGAAAUGGUCGAUGGAUGGUCUUUCUCAGAGUCUUGAGUUCUCGAGUCGAUCAUCCAGACCAUGCCAUCACUACUUGCUCGAAACCUCAAUAUCGAUUCAAUUCCACCACCACCACCACCACCACCACCCCGGUACUCGAAGGGAUUGCCUCGACUGUCUUCCAAGGACUGGUUAGACCCGCGCACUACUGAAGGGUGUCCGUUGCGAAGAGAUCUCGAACCCCAGGGCGCCAAGCUCAUCAAAUGCAAGCAACGUCGUUGUCACCACUGGUCUGGCACGUCCAAACGCCUGGCUCAGCCUCGUCACUAACCGCCCGGAAAGGAGCCGACACUAUGAUUUGGUGCGGAUCUGCUUCAUACCGUCUAUCCAGACUGCGGGGAUAGAUCAGAUUGAUCCACGAUAUGCGGG